AUGAAACAAAUUGAAAAUAUUAAUAAAAUUGAAAAUCUUUCAAAUGAAUUAAUUUAUGAAAUAUUUGAAUUUCUUAAUUAUCAUCAUGCAUUUCAAGCUUUUUAUGAUCUUAAUCAAAGAUUUGAAAAUCUUUUUCUUAAUUCAAAUAUUCCAAUUAAAAUAAAUAUAUCAACGAUAUCAAAAUCUAAAUUUGAAUAUUUUACAAAACAUAUAAUUAAACCAAAUGCUUAUCGAAUUGAAUUAAUUCGAUUAUCAAAUCCAUGUAUUGAUCCAUGUUUAUUAUUAAUACCAAUAAUGAAAAACUUAACACAACUUACAACACUUAUAUUAAAUAAUAUUGAAUCAAAUUAUAUUGAAAAAAUCGUUAAUAAUUUAUUUUGUUUACCUGUAUUAUCUUCAUUGACCAGAGAACGUCACAGGACGGUUUUUUUCGUCCUGUCCUGCAUUUUUGCAGGACAUCUUGGAACCUUGUCCUGCUUUUCAGGACGGAUUGCAGGACGCAAAAACCUUCGUCCUGGCAGGACACACUUGCAGGACAAAAAAUCGUCCUGCGUCCUGCCUGCAGGACGGAUUUUUGUCCUGCAAGCUUCAAAAAGUUAA